AUUUUCCUUAACGUAUGGAAUAGAUUAAUUGAGACAGUUUCAUUGCUUUGAGAAUUGAGAGUACAUAAAUUACUUCGGGUGUUUUGGAAAAUAUAUAAAUUACUUCGAAAGUUGCGGAAUUAAGAUCUGAAAACUGUUCAGAUAGAGGAUUACUUUGUGAGACAGAAAACAAACAACCAUGGAUGUUGGGCAGUUGCAGAGACAAUUCACUGAUUACACUGCUUCUCUGUUUCGUGAAGGGUUUCUGGAUGAUCAGUUCACUCAGCUUCAGAAGCUGCAAGAUGAGAACAACCCAGAUUUCGUGUUUGAAGUGGUGUCUCUCUUCUUCGACGAUUCUGAGAAACUCGUCAACAAUAUGGCCAAAGCUCUUGAACAACAGACUGUGGAAUUCAAACAGGUGGAUGCCCAUGUCCACCAGUUCAAGGGCAGUAGUUCCAGCAUAGGUGCACAUAGAGUCAAGAAUGUGUGCGUGACCUUCCGCAAUUUCUGCGAGCAACAGAACAUUGAAGGGUGUAAGAGGUGUUUGCAACAACUGAGACAUGAGUACUCACUCUUGAAGAGCAAGCUCGAAACUCUGUUCAGGCUGGAGCAACAGAUCAUAGCAGCUGGUGGGUCGAUUCCUAUGGUGGAAUAAAUUGGAUUGAUGCUAUCUCCUGCUGGAAAGAAACAAAAGUCGAUGUUACAGUGAGGGUUCUUAUUUUUUGUAAUGGAGAAAUCAAGCUGCUUUUGACUUUAAAGGAUUGUUAUGGGGAUGGUUAUCUAAAGCUUUUAUGAGACAAUAUAGAUGAUAUGAACAAGCAUCUCACCUCUUCUGCUACUUAAAACUCACUCUUAACAUAAAAUCAUACCAGGUUUUUCA